AUGAUGCCGCAGACUUGUGAGAAUUUCUCGAUGGAGAGUCAAGACGUCACGCUGAGCUCUGAGGACAUGGAGCUCAGCACCAGCGAGGAGGAGGACCCCUCCAUUGCGCUCUCGUGCACCCCUGACAUGCACUUGCUGGCCCAGAAGGCUGCAGCAUUGUCUACUCCAAAGAAGAAACUUUCGAUGGAGGAAGUUGUUCAGAGGUGCUGGAUGUGCUCGCAGCCGAUCCCUCCCGUCUCAGACAAGUUUGGCAGGCUGGGUGUGGAGAGCGUGAGGCUGUACAGGCAGCGCAAGGAGGAGAGACGGGCAGCGGCGAAUGAAAACUUCCAGCGCAUGACGAGCAGGCAGAUUCCGAUGUCGCCCUACUCACGACAAGUCGUAGCCGAGCGAGAGAAGCUGGGAGAGACCAUGUUUGACCGGACUGAGAGGAUGAUGCAGCGACGUCGGCAGCUGGAGCAGGCAUGCAAGGAGAAGGAAGAGGAAGAGAUCAAGAAGUUGCAGAAGCCGCCGCAGAUGUGUCCGCAAUCACGGAAGAUAGUGAGCAAGAUGUCAAGGCUCGGAGUUGACAUGAUCGAUCGAUCCAACAAGUUGCUCGAGAAGAGGAGAAAUGCGAUCGAGGAAGGAAGAGGCAGGAAGGACAUGGAGCUGCGUGAGAUGCAGAAUCGGCAGAAGAUCAGCCCUGGUUCAAAGAAGCUGGUAGAAGGAUCGACCCGAGCGAGCAAGACUACAAGACCGUCCAUAAUGUCUCAUCGGUUCAUUAAUUCCUCGUUGGAUGACUCUCUCAGGAGAUCAGCGAGCAGCAACAGCACGUCAAGUCGGAGAGCUGAAGAGGAUCGAAAAAGGAGCAGUCUUCCUGAAGCACAGUCCAAGUAUGAACCGUGCUUCCAGUCUAGCUUGUGUAGAGGGGAAGUCAGCAUGGCGGCUCAGAGGAGUGUGGAGUUUUUACCUGAGGACAUGAAGGAGUUCGAGAGGUUGCAGUGGGAGAACGCGAAGAUGAAGUCAAAGAUCAAGAAGUACCGCAAACAGCUACAAGCGGCGCAGAAGGGAGCGGAGGGGAAUACGCCCGUGCAGCUGCUCAUCAGCCAUUCGAACAUGGUGCAAGAGCACCCGAUCUCAAGGAGGACGAUCGAGGCGAUGGGCGGAGCUCUGAUCAAAGAAUCGUUUAAACUGAUGCGGACGGUGAUGACGGAUGAGGAGCUUGCGUUGAAGCUCAACGAGCUUCUCAAGGCUCAAGAAUCUGAAGUCUUCUCGAGCGAGUUCGAGACGAAGGCUAUGCAGCAAGUGGAGCCUCUCUUCAACAUUUUCUUUCAUUGCAUCCGCUGCGCAUCCAAGCAAGGAAUCAACUUGGAAACCAUGCUGUCCUCGCUCGUCAACUCGUAUCCCGAAGACGUGUUGGCGAGGUUUGACGAGGAAGGACAGGACUCCAAAGGAUUUUUGCAACAAGAGCUCUCGGACGUCGUUCACGGCAUGCAAGUAUGA